GGUCACGUGAUGCUCCUCCGCCAACCAGAGCCGCGCGUGCAUGUUGUGCUGGGCUUCUCUCCGCGAGGACGAACGGCUGAAUGUUUUCAAACCAGCGAUGAACGUCACGCAGCCGUAGGCGACGGUUAACGUCCUGCAUUCAGCAAAGAACUCUUUAUAGUGAGCAAUAUUCAGUAAUAGGUCAACCCGGAUGAGUCGGUGGGAACGAGUAACCCAGUGAAAAGGUGCAUGAUGAACCUACUGCGCUGUAGCUGUCACAGCUAGUCAGGUGCCGCACCAUGGCCAAACCUGGGAGCGACAGAGAUGGAGCCAUGGUGGAUAAGCAGGCGGGGAAGAAGAGUAAAGACAAGAUAUCCCCUUUCACCAAAACUCCGAAGCUGGACCGGAGUGAACUCCUGGGGAAGGAAGGGAAGGCAAAGUCUUCUAUGAAGCGCAAGCUCUCCUUCACCGCAAGUCCGGUCCAGACGGAGGAGCGAGAUUCAGACACAGAUGACUCAGACCCAGGCCAGUCGAGUGAGACCUGGGGAGAGAGAUUAGUGCCUCCCUGCAGGAUAUACGCAGAUAAAGAUGGACCAGACAAGAAGAAGAUGAAAAAGGAGGCUGGGGGAAAGAAGUUCCAGGCCAACCUUUUGUUUGGGUAUCCUCUGUCAGAGCGCAAACAGAUGGCUCUCCUCAUGCAGAUGACUGCCAACAGUCCAGAUUCCACUCCCAGUCAUCCCUCACAAACGACCCCUGUGCAGAAGAAAGUCCCCAGCAGCACCGCGUCUCGACAGAAGGACAAGGUCAACAAGAGGAACGAGCGUGGGGAGACUCCCCUUCACAUGGCAGCCAUUCGAGGAGACGCCAAACAAGUAAAAGAGCUCAUUAGCCUGGGUGCUGAUGUCAACGUCAAAGACUUUGCAGGUUGGACCCCUCUUCAUGAAGCCUGUAAUCUCGGUUACUAUGAUGUGGCCAAGGUCUUAAUAGCAGCCGGUGCAGAGGUGAACACGCAGGGUUUGGAUGACGACACGCCUCUCCACGACGCUUCCAGCAGUGGGCACAAAGAUAUUGUGAAGCUGCUACUACGCCACGGUGGUAACGCCUUCCAGGCCAACAAGCGCGGGGAGCGCCCGGUAGACGUGGCGGACUCUCAGGAGCUGGAACAGCUAUUAAAGGGAGAGUUGCCAAUGUCGGACCAAGAGGACAGUUCAUCAGAGUCUGAAGACCCACCGUCUGUCAACCCAUCCAGUGUGGACGACAACAUGGACGACUCUGAUACUGAAAAGGACUCGGAUGGUAAACCGGGCACAAAAGCUUCAUCGUCCACGACGGGGUUGGAUGAGUAUGAGUUCAAGGACGAAGAGGAGGAGGAGGAUCUCAGUAAAGCUCUGAACGACAGACACAUCCUCCGAAGGGAACUACGGCAGCGGGAGAAGGAGGAAAAAGAUAAGAAUCAUGUGGCUGGAAAGCAGAGCAGUAAGGGGGAUUCCUCCUCAAAGUCCAAAAAGCAGAAGACCCCUCGUGUCCAAUGCAGCUCGGACACCUCCAGCGAUGAAUUGGAGAGUCUUCCAGAGAAGAGGAACUCCCCCACGUGUUCUCAGAGCUCAGAGAGCCUCAGGGCGGACGCAAAGCCUAAAAAAGAGACUGCAGAGCAGAAGGAGAAGGGCAAAGUUAAACGGAAGAGCAAAAGUCAGAUUAAAAACAAGGAAAACCAAGAGGAUGGGAAAGAAAACAGCAAAACUUUAGUCCUCUCUCUCGCAGCUGUGUCUGAGAGCACAGAAAAGGGUCGAGAGGAAGAUUCCUUUAAGAUGUCUUUCAGUCCGAAAGAUGAUUCAUCCGUCCACCUCUUCCAUUUGUCAUCCAUAAAAUCUCCUAAACUGAACCACAGCCUGACAGAUAAACAGACACCACUCAAACAGGAAAAUACUAAGAUGUGCAUUUCCAUCAGUGACAGCUCAAGUCCUGUGGAAGGUGUCAAAUACAACCACUACACAGAAGCAGAAUACUGCACUGAAGGCUCCAGCACCAAAGGGUAUAAGCACAAAGAAAAGAGCAAACAUCAACAAAAAGACUCCUGCGUGGACGGGGACGACGGCCAUGCCAGUCCUUACAAAGAUGGCAGCAUAGGAAACAGUGUGGACAGUACUGACGGUGCCUUACGGAAGACUGACGUAGACGGUAAAGUAGUAAAAAAGCAUAAACUCAAACACAAGGAGAAAGACAAACACAGGAGGGAGUACGAGGGAGAGCGGAGCCGCCACAGGCAGAAGGAGGCCAGGAAAGACGGCCACAGGAAUUUGGAGUUUGACAGGGAGUUCUGGAAAGAAAACUUUUUUAAAAGUGAUGAGACCGAUGAACCUCAGCAAAUAAAGAAGGAAAGCGAGGACAAUGGCUCGCUUCAGAAGACUUCUGAUUUGUCCCCUGUCAAAGAUGAGAGAAACACAAAAGAGAAACACUCCAGCAGCAAAGAAAAGAGGCUGAGAGAGGAGAGGGAGAAAGACAAAUGCGUGAAAAAAGAGCGGAAGGAGGCUGCUGGUAAGGAAGAGAAGGUAAAGGAUUCAAAGCUGAGUGAGCGUGACGAGCGUGUAGACUGCCACGGCUCAGGGCGGAUUCCUGAGGAGACGCUGCAGAGCAACAGCUUGAAAGAGGAGACAGAGGAGAAACCCAUAAGUGGGAUCACAGCUGAUCAAGAACAGCUGGAGUCCUCUGAAAAAGGAUCACGCGAGAAAACUGACAAGAAGCUCCCAGGAAAGGAGAAGGACUCAGAAAAAAUGGAGAAAAGGCAUCUUGACAAAGAGAAGAAGGUGAAAACCGAACACUCAGACAAAGCUGACACACAGAACUCAGUGGAUCGUUGGAAAGAAAAGGAAAGAACAGGAGCUAUUUCUUCCCAUUCGCCUGGAGAUAAGAACUACAAAGAGAAUGAGAAGCUGAAAUCUUUAUCCACAACUAAGAAGCAUGAGGACAGCAGAAAAAAUAAAGAUAAGUUUGACAAACGGUCUGACAGGGAGAGGCUGGACAGAGAAUAUGGUGCCGGAGAUCACAGAGAAAAGGAACGCACAAACUCUGAGAAGAAAGGAAAACCUCUGGAGAAGGCCACAGAUCACAGUAAAUCUGAUCGCUCCAAAGAAAAAGACUGUGACAGAAGAAGGAGAGAUAAAAUAAAAGAUGGGACUUCCUCAAGCUCCAAUCUGAAGCUACUCUUGGAGGAGAAGAAGGGCUAUCUGUCUGAGGGCAGCAAGUCUAUAUCUGCUAAAUCAAAGGAGGAAGUUGUGAGAAUGCCGGAGAAAGAUCGUGACCGCAGAGAGCGGGACAGAGACUCAGAUAAACACAAGGACAAGGACAGAGACCGGCACAAAGACCGCUCCCUGCAGGCCAAAAUCAGCAAGGCCAAAGCCAACGAGGCGGAUGCGGACAAGGCCAAGUCAAAAGCCUCGCCAGCAACGCGAGAAUCCAAGCCCAAAGAGAAACGGCUUGUGAAUGAUGACUUGAUGCAGACCAGCUUCGAGCGCAUGCUCAGCCUGAAAGACCAGGAGAUUGAGCAGUGGCACCGCAAACACCUGGAGAAAAUCAAACAGAAAGAGCGGGAAAGGCUCAAACAGCGACCUCUGGUGGACCCGAUGAAGUCCAAGCCUAAAGACAGAACAAAGCCCGAUCCGUGCUUGAGUAAGGAGCUCAUGCGCUCAAAGAGCUCUGAAGCCUCAGAUCCCAACAUUAGGGACAAACCCCAGAAGGAUGGUGCCAGUCCCAGAACGAUGUCUCUGGAUGGAAAGACUCUGCCAUCUAUCGGUGCGAAGGUCAUGUCCGCUGUGGAGAACUGUCUGACCAGAUCACCCCGGCCAGAGAGCGAACGCUUCGGCCUCAUAUCACGGUCUGUGUCUUUGGUUUCUGUCGCCAGCUCAGAGGAUUCAUGUCAGGCUACGACACUAACACCCCGACACGUUGAAUACGACUCCGACAUGAACAUGGACGCCUCCGAUUCUCAACCUGCAUUCCUCCAGUCUUCCCUCGUCAUCCAGGCCACCAGAUCACCAUCCGUUCAUGAUAAAGAUUGCAACAGUCUUCCAGAUGUGCCAUCAAGUACUCGGACGCUGCCCUCCAGCAGACACGAAUCUCCAUACCUCAGAGCCAUUCUGGAUGAGGAUGCAAAUUCAUCAGUCGAAGGGAAAACUGUGGAAAAUGUGCAGAAAUCCAGCCAGCCGACAGAGGAGCUGAGACCAAGAGAGACCCCAGCAGACUCGGAGGAGGGCCUCAGUAGUCAACAAAUUCUGAAUUCAGUCUCUGAACCAGUGGCAGAGAGAGAAGGCAGCGUGCCACAAAUGUCAAACAAAGACCCUGAGAGUAAAAACCUGUCAGAGUGUGGUAGCUCUGAAACAGGGUCGACCGAGCAGAAAACUCUCUCCUCCUCUGAUCCUCCUGUUUCAAAGGAAGCCCAGCAUCCAUUGGAAGAUUCACAGGAGGAGUUAAAUACCAAGGAGUCCGAUCAACCACUGAUACCUGCUGCUUCUCUCUCCACUGAGCCAUCAACACUCGCAAACACCAAACCCCUCCAGCAAAGUGAACCACUCACUGUUCCUGGAGAUGAGAGUGAGCAUCAGACAGAAUCAGGUGGCACACAUGUUCCUGAGCAGACGGAGGUACCUCCUCCGACUGCUGAUGGAGCAGAGGAGGACAGUAUGGAGACUGUUUCUGAGAGCUUCAGAGCAGAGGCUGUAGGAAGUCCUGUACCUUCCACUAGCUCUCACAUUCCCAACUCUUCACUGUUGGAGUCAGGCUUCAGCAAAACCACCGAGCCUGAGAGCUCUCCAGAGGAAAUGGAUGUUGAUAACAACGACUGUAAGACAUCCAAACCUUUCAGUGACACUGCAGAUUCAUCAUGUUUGGAGACUCAGGUGGAGAAAAGGGAAAGUCUAACCCCGAUAUCUUCACACAGUCCAGAGCACAAGGCUGAGGAGAUAACUGACAUCCUGCCGAGCUCAGAGAGCGACAGCAGACCGGCUGUUUCUGUCUCCGCAGAGAGUUCAUCAGCUGAGGGCAGCGUGGCCACAGACGGGUCUUCUGAAUCCAAAGAAGAAAGCUGCUCAGAGCCGAUGGAGGUGAUGCCAACAGAUGAGAAACAAGAGUCAGCUUCAUCUGGAGAAGAGCAGAGUCAAAGCACUGUCCAAUCAGCAGCUCAGACUGACUCCAGCAACAGCGCCUCAGGGAGCUCCUCUCCACAGUCUGGAGACCGGGACUCGGAUUCAUCUGGGGCUAAAGUUAAGAUCCGCUCCUCAGACGAGGAUAUAGAAAUGCACGUCCCCCAUCCACGCAAGCGAAAGAUGCCCAAAAUGUUGAAUUCCCAGCUGAGCUCCACGACUCAGCAGGACAAAGAGAGGGGUGGGCAGCAGUCUCUGGCUGCUAUCGUGGACUCUGUAAAACUGGAGGAGAUCGAACCGUACCAGACGGAGAGGGCAAACCCUUACUACGAGUUCCUGCACAUCAGGAAGAAGAUCGAGGAGAAGCGUAAAGUGUUGUGCAGCGUCACACCCCAGCCACCGCAGUAUUACGAUGAAUAUGUGACCUUCAAUGGAUCCUACCUGUUAGAUGGGAACCCACUCAGCAAACUCUGUAUUCCAACAAUCACUCCACCUCCAUCAUUACCCGAGCAGCUGAAAGAGAUGUUCAAACAACAAGAGGUCGUCCGCAUGAAGCUGCGACUACAACACAGCAUUGAGAGGGAAAAGCUGAUCGUGUCAAAUGAACAGGAAGUCUUAAGAGUCCAUUACAGAGCAGCGAGAACUCUGGCCAAUCAGACUCUUCCCUUCAGUGCCUGCACAGUUUUAUUGGACGCUGAGGUAUAUAAUAUGCCUCAAGACGUUCAGGUGAGCGAGAGUGAUGACGGAAAAACGUCGGUGAGAGACCGAUUCAAUGCCAGGCAGUUCAUGUCCUGGUUACAAGAUGUCGAUGACAAGUUUGAUAAGCUGAAGACAUGUCUCCUGAUGAGGCAGCAGCACGAGGCGGCGGCCCUGAACGCCGUGCAGCGCCUCGAGUGGCAGCUCAAACUGCAGGAACUCGAUCCGGCCACCUACAAGUCCACCAGCAUCUUCGAGAUCCCCGAGUUCUACAUCCCGCUCGUGGAGGUCAACGACGACUUUGACCUCACCCCGAUAUGAGCUGCAGGACUGACGCGCUUUGCCACAGAGGCGGCCGUGUGGAUGACACAAAGGCUGCCUGCACAUUCGAGGAACAAGAGAGGAAAAUGUGAAGCACUUAGAACGUGGCAGUGAUACAGAAGAGCACUUAGACAAGAGUUGAUUUAACUCCAGAGCUCUUACAGUCCAAACCGGCUCGCCUUCGAGGACUGAGUGGUUCUCGCUCAGAAAAAAAAAGGGGCUCCAGGCAGCAGAGGAAGCCCAGGGAGCAGAGACCAAAAGCCGGACUGGGUGGCGCCAGGAGAUGCAGCGAUGAGCAGAGAGUGGACGAAGACCAGCUGCUUCUGCUUCUCAUCCCGCAGGGUCACACAGUGAAAGAUUUCAAUUGUUUUCAAAGUGAGUGUUCAUACUUUGUGUACAGACUGUGCUCUUAAUUUUUUAACUUAUUUUAUACAUAAACAAUUGUGCAUUUGUAAAUAGUCAUGUAAUUAUUGUUUUAAACUUGUAAAAACAAAAAAUAAUAGAUAUUUUGAUUGUAAACUCGUUCUGUCUCAUGUUUUAAUGGACCAAAGUUGGUUUUUAUAUCGAGUCCUCUUCGUCUGUGAUGUUCUCGUUGUUGUUGGCUUAAACUCUUAAGCAUGUGUUGGCUUUUGUUGUGUUUUUUUGUUUUUACUGUUUCUUCCUUCCUCAUCUGGAGUUCCACGCCACAGCUGGUGUUUUUGACUUUGGCAAUUAAAUGCUGUGCAUGCGU